GCAAAUUACAGAUAUAACAACAGAGAGGUCGAGCUAGUAUGGAGAAUAAUUAUAGCAAGAGGAAAAGUGCAACUCAAUAUACAGAGAGGAAGCUUCAGAGGAAGCGAAGCUGCCCAAAUCGCCGUACUUCAACUGCAUCUUCUUGUGCUUCUUCCCCUACUCCAAAGGUUAUGAAUCAGAAUCAGUUUUUGGUCUCCCUCACACGACCUGGAUGGACUACUGCAAUGGACCAAAAACUUAUAAAGCUGGCCACAAAGGCCACAAAUGCCAAAAAAAACAAAAAAAUGUUUGCGGCGUUUGGAUCUGGAUCAAAGCACCCAUUGAAGCAGCCAAAGGCGUGGAAUCUACUGGCACAACUCUUCAACAAGGGCAUCAAUCACUGUGAAGUGAAAACUGCUAAAGACUUGGGCAAGAGACUUAAUUUUUUGAUAUCAAAUUAUAACUAUGUACGGUUCUUUUUUUUUGUUUCUUUACUUCAUCUUCAUGACAUGACACAAGUGACACAAGUGCACCGUUUUUCUUUUCUGUAACUUCUUAUAACUUGGUAUAGUAUUUUGUGUUUUAUUCUACCAGGCCACAAAUGCUGGAUGCAACCUGGAUGGAUGGGAGUUGAACAAACGACUGAGGACGUUGUUGAGCUUACGGCUGGUUAUCCCGAGGUUUGUCACGGGAGGUGGGGAUAGGAGCAGAAGCGAUGAUACGAGCAGAAGUGAUAGGGACAAAUCCCUGGUUAGGACCCUCUAUUCUAGUGGGAUAUCUAGCGGGCCACCUGCACCGGUCACCAAUUCGACUUUCGUCCAUGAUAAACCAUCAGUAUCUGCUCAUGCCCAUGCUUGUGGUGCUAC